AUGAGUUUAAGUCGAUUGAGAUGUGCGAUUAGGUACGAUUUGGUGAAAGUUUGCCAAUCAAGCGCACUGGUUGCGAAAUUUGGACCUUGUAUAGGGCGGGAAGUGAGCACAAGCAGUACGCGAUGUGCAGUUGCACAACAAAACACAAAACCAGAUUGGAACAGGGCAGUGAGCGAGGCUGAGAAGAUCGUUGGUUACCCAACCUCUUUCCUCAGCUUGCGCUGGGUUCUUAGUGACGAAAUCGCUAAUGUCGCUCUGCACUUACGAAAACUCGUUGGAAGCAAUCAUCCACUUUUGAAAACAGCUAAGAACCUGCUCUACAAUGGAAAAAACAACAUGCAAGCUUGGGGUCUCAUCGUUCUACUGGUGUCGAAGGCGGCGGGUCACAGCCCUGAGAUACCUGACAUGGAACAAGACAAAGCAGCUGGAGUUUUGCACAGCCAACGCGCGCUAGCCGAAGUAGCAGAGAUGAUCCGUACUUCUCACCUCGUUCACAAGGGGUUGGUCAACAUGAAUGUGAGGCAAGUUCUGGCUGGCGAACCAGAUGACAUGCUGUUUGGAAACAAGAUCGCCUUGCUUAGCGGGGACUAUCUCCUCGCUAACUCCUGUACUGAACUCGCUAACUUGAGGAAUCAAGAAUUAGUAGAGUUAAUGUCGUCAGCUGUGCGAGAUUUAGUAGAGGCAGAAUUCCUCGGAGAUCGAGACCAGCAGAACAACCCGCUCCCCUCACGACCUCUACCAGAAGAACAGAGGGAAGCCGUCUCAGAAUGGGAUUGUAUCCUGUCUCCACUGCCCAUGUCGGGUGUGGAAGGCUGUGCUCGACGUGAAUGGGCGGCAAGGCAUGUACUAGCCGCUGGUGCCUUACUCGGAAAGAGUUGUUCUGCUGCUCUUAAACUAGCCGGACACAAGCCAGCACUACAAACUCAGGGUUAUCUAUUUGGAUGUCACUUAGCUCUUGCAUGGCAGGCGUUUUUGGAUUUAGAAGCCUUUACAGGUCCUGAACCAUCCAGCUUCUCAUUAGUGGGAGCGCCACUAGCCUUCACUUUAGAGGCUCGACCUGAACUGUAUUCUUAUAUAGAGGCUGGCAAGAAGAGUGUACACGAUGUUGACUAUCAUGCGCUGUACGAAGCAGUGUUGGCAGGCGAUGGCAUCGCUCGUACACAAGCUCUACAACGCGAACACAGCGGUCGAGCGCGUGAAGUUUUAGACUGUUUUCCUUACUGUGACGCGCGUACCGCACUCGCCAAUAUCAUCGUCGCGAUGAACCCUUAGCAGGUAUUAAAACUACUAGACACGCACAAAAUA